AUGGUUACUUAUGGUGGAGAUGAAGUAAACGCGCUUGUGUUUGAUAUGGGAUCUACAUCAACACGUGUAGGCUUUGCUGGAGAAGACGCGCCCAAAGCCACAUUCCCAACAUCAUAUGGAUUUGAUCCAACCACCAAUCAAUAUUACUUUGGCGACACUCAACUGAACAUUUGGAGACCCAAUGUAGAAAUUAAGAAUCCAAUGCAGAAUGGUCUUAUUAAUGAUUGGGAGGCAGUAGAACAUAUUUGGCAAGCUGCUUACAAUGAUAUGUUGAGAGUUCAAUCUUCAGAACAUCCUUUAUUAUGCACCGAGCCUGCUUGGAACACACCAGAAAAUCGUGAAAAGAUGAUGCAGUUAGCUUUUGAAAAUUUUGAUGUACCUGCUUUUUAUGUAGCAAAGGAUGCAGUUAUGACAGCUUUUUCAGUAGGUAGAGCAACUGGUUUAGUGUUAGAUUCUGGAGGAAGUAUCACAAGUGCUAUUCCUGUUUAUGACGGAUAUGUAUUAAAAAAGGGUAUACUUCAUCAACCCAUUGGCGGAGACAUCUUGACUCAACAAAUGAGAGAAUAUUUAAAGAAUGAAUUACAUUACAAUGUGACACCUCUUUAUAAAAUUGCUAGUAAAAAAUCUAUUGCUGCAGGUGAAUUACCUCAAAUUAAAUUACGUGAUAGACCCAACACAACAACAAGUUUUGAAGAAUAUCACAUUUCGAAAACUAUUCAUGAAUUUAAAGAAACAGUAUCUCAAGUAUCAGAAAUUUCGUAUGAUGAAAAUUUAAUGUCACAAAGACCUCAGAAGCCAUUUGAAUUUCCAGAUGGUUUUAAUAAUUCAUUUGGAGCUGAACGUUAUAGAAUACCAGAGAUUAUGUUUAAUCCAAGUUAUAUUCGAGUGCCACCUAUUGAACCUGGUAAAGAGACACAGCCAAUUCCUUCACUAGGUAUCACCAAAAAUCAACUUCAACAUACUGUCAGUGUUUCUCAGUUGGUAUUCAACUCUAUUAGUGCUUGCGAUAUUGAUUUACGUCCCUUACUUUUUAAUAAUGUCAUCGUCACAGGUGGAAAUACACUUUUCCCUGGAUUUACAGAAAGACUAAGUAACGAAUUACCAAUGAUGGUUCCUGGUAGUAAAGUAAAAGUUCAUGCAUUUGGUAAUCAAAUUGAACGCAAGAGUAGUAGUUGGUUAGGAGGAUCUAUUUUAGCCUCUUCAGAGACAUUCAAUCAACUAUGGAUUACAAAGAAGGAAUAUGAAGAAGUUGGACCUUCCAUAAUUGAAACUAAAUGUCAAUAG